CAGUCCAGGAUGGCCGAUGAGAACGAGGAGCUGCCGGCGGACGAGGAGCUGCCGGCGCCGGCCGAGGAGGGCUUUGAGCAGCUGGAGAACGACAGCCCCGCCGAGCGCAGCGGGCACGUGGCCGUCACCGACGGGCGCUGCAUGUACGUCUGGGGAGGAUACAAGAAUGCCCAGGUCCGGGGCUUUUAUGACUUCUACCUGCCGAGGGAUGAAAUCUGGAUCUACAACAUGGAAACUGGAAGAUGGAAGAAGAGCAAGACUGAGGGAGAUGUUCCCCCCUCCAUGUCUGGCAGCUGUGCCGUGUGUGUGGACAGAGUGCUUUACCUCUUCGGGGGGCACCACGCCCGCGGCAACACCAACAAGUUCUACAUGUUAAAUGCCAGAUCCACGGACAAAGUGCUGCAGUGGGUGAGAGUGGAGUGCCAGGGGGUGCCCCCCUCGUCCAAGGACAAGCUGGGGGUGUGGGUGCACAAGAACAGGCUGAUAUUUUUUGGAGGCUAUGGCUAUUUUCCCGAAGGGAAGCAACGUGGAACAUUUGAAUUUGAUGAAACUUCUUUUUGGAAUUCAGGUCUUCCUAGAGGGUGGAACGACCACGUGCAUGUUCUGGACCUUGAGACUUUCACUUGGAGCCAGCCCAUAACCACGGGGAAGACGCCGUCGCCCCGCGCCGCCCACGCCUGCGCCACGCUGGGGAACAGGGGCUUCGUGUUCGGAGGCAGAUACAGGGAGUCCAGGAUGAACGACUUCUACUGCCUGAACCUGGACACGUGGGAGUGGAGCGAAAUACUCACCCAAGGCAUCUGCCCCGUGGGCCGGUCGUGGCAUUCCUUGACGCCGAUCUCCUCGGAUCACCUCUUCCUCUUUGGAGGCUUCACCACCAACAAGCAGCCCCUGAGUGAUGCCUGGAUUUAUUGUAUCAGCAAGAACGAGUGGGUACAAUUUGAGCACAACUACUCUGAAAAACCAAGGCUGUGGCACACGGCCUGUGCCAGCGAGGAGGGCGAGGUGAUCAUCUUUGGGGGCUGUGCCAACAACCUGCUGGCCCAUUCCAAAGCUGCUCACAGUAAUGAAAUCCUGGUGUUCUCCCUCCAGCCACGAUCUCUUGUAAGGCUGUGUCUGGAGGCCGUGAUCUGCUUCAAGGAGCUGUUGGCCAGCUCGUGGCACUGCCUGCCCAAGCACCUGCUGCACAGCGUCAACCAACGCUUCGGCAGCAACAACACCUCGGGCUCCUGAGCCCGGCACGCCCGUGCCCCACCCUCUGUGUGUAGGUAGUUGCUUCUCGCCCUCCCGUGCAUGUGAAUGGCCUAGAGAGAACCUAUUUUUGUGUGAGAUGUUCCAAUAAAUGUAUUUGAUGCCAGAGGAGAUGAGCCUGAGCCUCGGCUGUGACCGGGUGUGGGGCUGUGCACCCCGAGAGCGGGGGGAUGUCCUUGGGGGCAGAGCUGGGAAUGCUCAGCACGGCUCUGGAGUGAGGCUGUGGGCGUGUUCACCCGCAGCUUCACGGGUGCUUAAGGUCAGAGAAGCAGGAUGUGGAAGUCAGGAGCAGGAUCAGGAAGUUGUCCCAGUGUCGGUCGAUAAACUGUCGUAAACCUUGAGAUGUUAAAGCACCACUACUUUCUGCUUGGCUGUAGUUUGGUUUUGUUUUGGUUUUUUUUUGGGUUUUUUUUUUUUUUUGAAUUUUUAUGUUGUGGAACUUGAGUUGUGAACCUUAGGUAGCAGAUAUUCUGCCCUGCGAGUGUAACUGGGAGUGUUUGUGCCUGUUCCCAGCCCUGUGGAGCUCCCCUGGAUGUCCCCCUGGCUGCGGGGACAUGGAGAGGGGACAUGGGGGACAGGGCCAGGCUGUGCUGCUGUGGGGAAGGGGGGAAUCAAGUUUUAAGCUGUCUUCAAAAACUAAUUAAAAACGUUGACUUGUAGAACAA